GGGCGCAUGUGACCGGCGGCGGGGGCGGCCCCGGCGGGUGCUGUGCCGCGCCGCGGCGGGGCAGUGCGGAGCGGCGGCGGCGGGCUGGGGGAUGCGGAGCGGCCGGGUCCCGGGCAGAUGAUGGCGAUACGCGAGCUGAAAGUGUGUCUGCUUGGAGAUACUGGCGUUGGGAAAUCGAGCAUCGUGUGUCGGUUUGUCCAGGACCACUUUGACCACAAUAUUAGUCCUACUAUUGGAGCGUCCUUCAUGACUAAAACUGUGCCUUGUGGGAAUGAGCUUCAUAAAUUUCUGAUCUGGGACACAGCUGGUCAAGAGCGGUUUCAUUCUUUGGCUCCAAUGUACUACCGAGGUUCAGCAGCAGCUGUCAUAGUUUAUGAUAUCACCAAGCAGGAUUCAUUUCAUACUUUGAAGAAAUGGGUGAAAGAAUUAAAAGAACAUGGUCCUGAAAACAUUGUAAUGGCCAUUGCUGGAAACAAAUGUGAUCUUUCUGAUAUCAGGGAGGUUCCUAUGAAGGAUGCCAGAGAAUAUGCAGAAUCUAUAGGUGCAAUUGUUGUUGAAACCAGUGCAAAGAAUGCUGUUAACAUUGAAGAACUUUUUCAAGGAAUAAGCCGACAAAUUCCACCCUUAGAUCCUCAUGAAAACAGUAACAAUGGAGCAAUCAAACUUGGAAAGCAGACUUCACAGACGGGUAGGCGGUGCUGCUGACCCAGCUUGAUGUUUUUAGAUUUACUUGAAAAACAGCACCAUUUGCUUUUUUCACCGAGAAUGGACUUCCUGAUCCCAGUGAAGUGGCUCCUUAUCUUGAAAGCGGUAGUUUCAGUACUUCCCAAGAGCAAUAAUGCAAGGACCAAAAGCAGAAAGCUUUACUUCAAAGGGAAUUUGCAAAUCCUAGUUGGAAAAUCCUCUCAAAUACCCUGUCAAAAUUACAAUUUCAAAGUGCUCCAAUUCUUUGUUUAAACCAAUGAUUGUUCUUUUUUUUUUUUCAUAAAAAGAUCCUUUUAUAUAUAAAAUUUAGAUUUACUACAAAAACUUCUUUUCUUACAUUGCAAAGUGGACUUGGCAUGUUUUCAGAGUUUUCUCUGUAAUAAUAGAGUGGAAAAAACCCUUUAAAACCUGAAAUUGGGCUUACAGGUUUUCUGCCAUCUUUCUGGCUGGACUUUGCUUUAGUAUUUUUCUAAAUCUGUAGCUUCAUCUCGUACUUUCAGUAAAAAUCAGCAAGAAAUGUACUGAAUUUGCUAACUAGAAAAAAAAUUGAUCCAAAGGAUGAGCGGUUGCAAUUUUUACAGGCUAGAAAUCAAAAUCUGUGUCAGGAGGUGCUGUGUAUGUGAAAGAAGGAGUUGUCAUGAAGGAGACUGCUGGACCCGUGCAGUUCCAGUCUGCUCUGGAAAGAAGUGAAGAUGCAGCCAACUGUGCUUUGCCUGAAUUGAUUCCUUUUCCAGGUUGUAAGCUUCGUUAAUUACUGAAAUUGUAAAAAGAACGCAAACGCCAGCUUAAUCUCAACUGCUUACCAGAUUUCCUCCAAGUCUGUGCCCCUGUCCAAUGUUGUCUCUGCUCGAAGGUGCCGCUUCCUUGAUUUGUAGAAGAGGGGGCCAGUGCUGCACUCCUCAUGGUCUCACUGUUGCACACAGAGAAGUCUUCAAGUUGGAAGGAUGAUAUUUCUGUACAAAAACAGCUUUAAAGAGCACAAUAUAAUUUGGGGUUAAAGGCUGGAAUCUAAUAAAAGAAACCAGAACGUUGCUUCACAAAUGCAAUUCUGUGAAUUUGUGGAGUGGUCUCCUCACUUGUGUGGGGAUGCAGUAGGGAGGAGCCACUACGUGAUACCUUUGAAGCCUGAGGCACUUGAAAACACAGUGUAGAAAAAAAAUCCAAUAGGUGGUUAUGAACUAGAAAUAAUGUAAAACUGUAUGCAUUCUCCACUUCCAUUUUUUUACAAAUGUGUGUGACUGAGAUGAUAAAAUAAAAAUUUAUCAUUUCAUCAGUUUCUUUGGAAAUGGGAACUAGGGUGAGAAACGCAGGCUUCAAAACCAAAAUCUAGCCUGCAUUUCCCAAUAUUAAUUUGUUCUCUUCUGAGGAAAAUUAACCUCGCUGCACAUUUAUUGGGGGACUUAGGAAGAGCAAACGAAAGGGAAAAACAACUUUCCACAAUAAGUUAUGAACAGGCAGGCUAGAGCUGGGUUUCUGUGUUUAUACAAAACCUCCCCCUGACUUCAUUGCUUGGUUGUGAGAUUGCUUUGAUAAAAUGGCAGUAAUUAUCAGGGCUUGAAACAGAGCCAGAUUAAAUCAAUGGGAAGGUUUCUUUAUCUUCAGAGAGCUUGAAGUAGUUACGGGUGAGAAACAUUCUACUGGGCUUCAUCUAAGAGUCUUAAACUGCAUUGUUUUUUCACAUAUAAUCCAUUUUCCCCAUAUUUUGGACUCCUUUGAAAGCACUCAUGCUUGAAAAUACGCCCUCAGAUAAUACACAGACUCAGACAGCAACUAUGAGAAAGGGUAUUGCAGGUCAACUUUCUUGUCACCUGUGCUGGUAUGAGAUCUUCAUCGCUGCUUCAUUGCAGCAACAAUCUUACAGGUAGUCCAGCGUUAAGUGAAAAUUCAGCAGUCAUCAUUGUUGAUAGGUGAGGAGGGAGACAGGCUCUUUCAGGUAACAUUUCAUCCCGUCCUAGUACAAGCAAGUCUGCCAGGGGUGCCUGGCUCCUUUACCUGGCUGUGGAGGGAGAGGUUAACCCAGCCUGCAGCACUGAAGAAAUAUCAAACUUACCAACAUCACAGAUUCAUAUAAUUUAUGGGAUCUAUGACCCAAUACUGCAAGAGAUCUGGUUCUUCCUAAAUAAAACCCAGUAAAAGUAGAUGUGUUACCAAGAAAAUAAGGUUGAGAUUGAACCCAUGUUUCUAAAGGUGCCAUAAAUUUUAGUUCAAUGUCUAGUUAGUCAUCCAUAACUGAUUUUUAAGCUGUCAUAAAUCUUUUGGCGUAUUUCUUUUUUUUUUUUUUUUCCUAAUGUGACAUCUCAAACCUCGUUAAACCCUACUUGAGAUGUCUGAAGGCUUUGUAAGACAAUUCUGCAAGUACCUUGUAUACUCUUAAUUUAUGCUAGAAUUGCAUGGCAAUUGAUGCUGAUCUGUAUGGGAUGUUGUUCUGAAAAACCAGCUCUCUCAGCUGCUGUUGAGCUGUUUGUGAAUCAGAACAGGUUUAUGAGUUAUAUGCUAAAGUAGUUUAAAAUUGGAAGUUGUUACAAUGGAUCUAUGGCAGAUUUUAAAAUUCAAAUGCUGGCUAAGUAGGCUCAAAGGUAUUUUUGCAUUUGGUGGACCAAAUCUAAAUCACCUUUUUCUGCUUUUAGUCAAGAAAAAUAUUUAAAUUAAUAAGGAUUCUGAUCAUACACGUUCUUGAGAUUUGGGUUACGGGGAGCUUAUGGAGAGUUAGUAGGGAACUCUGAAGUCACAGGUAGAAAAAAUAACAGGCCGCUAUGCUGUGUAGAGCUGCUCGCGUUUUGUUUGAAGACAGGGCUCGCCUUUGACCAUGACGUUGUCUCUCCGCUGUUCAUCAAAGCUGAAGUGCAGCUUUACCAUGCCUCUUCAAAUGGGGAAAUGGUUUGUUUUUACAAUUAUUUUUUUUUACACUUUUUAUUUUCAAAUGCAAAAUUCAUAAUUUCUUUUUCAUUUUAUUGCCUGUGUUGCUUGGAUAGUGCCACCACCCUUCGUAAACAGCCAGAAAAACUACAUACAAAAAAACCCCAAACUCUGAGUCAAAUGCUUCAGCAGCAACAACCAGAAUUCCCCUUAAUAGUUAAUGGCUGGUGAAAAGCUGGAUUACUGUACAGGAGCAUCUGACUCUGUAGCUGAUCUGUUAUAAUAAUAAUAAACCAAUAAUAAUAACAAUAACGCUGCAGUUCUAGGUUGGCCAGCUGGUGCUGGAUUUGUCCAUAAUUGGUUUUCUCAAGAGAGCUGGCAGCAGGACCGAGGCAUAGGCUGCAGUGCCAAGGAUAUUUGGUGGAGCUUGUUUGCACCGUGACUCAAGACUGUGACUGUCCAGUUGUGGGUGACUUGCUUUUCUGGCUUGUCAUGAACUAGUUUAAAAAUAAGAUUAUGAAGGAACUGGUUUUCAUAUAUGCUCGGCAUAUGUGUGUGUAUAUAAGUACAGUUUUAUAUUGUUAUGCUGACAUGUAGUGUUUUUUCACUAUGUCUGGUUCUCAUAUACUGCACAUUGUAUUCUGUAAGUACAUUUUUUGUUAAUGUUCAUUUCACCUUUAUGAACUUAUAGUUACGGAUCAAAGGUAGCAAGAAGACGGAGAUACAUGUAGGUACAAUUGUUGACUUGCCAUUCUUAUGCGUGAAAAUGGCAUAUUCUAGAAAAAGUUCACCUUGCAGACUGAGAAAUCUAAAAAAGACCAUUGUUAUCCAAGAAUUGAGACGCAAGUAAUAAAGUGAUGCUGAAAAAAAGAAAAAAGAAAAGAAGAAAGAAGUAUUAUUUUUGUUCAUGGUACAGCAGGUCUAUCUACAGUGCUACAAUGGAACAUGGGUCUGUGUGGUUACCUAGAAAAGUUACCUGUCGUCCCUUGUCUUCACUAACCCUUCAUGGCAUGUGGUAAUAAGCAUGAUUAGAUUAUACAUGUGAGCACUCUGACUAUAAUCAGACUUUUUUAGUACAAUGAUGAUAUAUUUUACUAUCCUACCCUUAAUUAUUUAAACCAAAGUGAUACAUUGUCAGUUUAAAAUCACCUGUUAAGUACUUUUCCUCUGGUUUUUUUAUAUAAGGGCUUUGACUGGGCUGGACCCACUCGCUUCACGUAUGGGAUGCUGCAAUCUGUUAAUACUUUACCUUCUGUUUUACACAUUAAUUGUAUCAUACCUAGUAAUAUUUUUUGCCCUAAAAUGUAGUUUUUGUGUUUUAUUUAACCUACAAUGAUUAACGCUAAUAAAUGUUUUAAAUACCUCUGA